AUGUUUCAGAAAACGUGUUCGCUAUCGGCAAAGAUCAAGGAUGCCAAGUGGCCCAAAACGAUACAAUCAGACCCUUCGCAGAGAAACUACAACCUAGUAUCCGAGUUUCACAACACGCACGGUCACAGGACCGAGGACUGCCAUCAGGUACGAGAGGAAGUGGCUCGACUACUCAACGAAGGGCAUCUCCGAGAAUUCCUCAGCGAUCGGGCCAAAAAUCAAUUCCGAGAGAGGGAGACGACCAAGAAAAACGAGGCAAAAGAACCGCAACAUGUCAUCCACAUGAUCAUGGGAGGCGCCGAUGCCCCACAGGAACCAGUAGUGAGAAGAACAAAGAUAUCCAUCAUCAGGGAAAAACGGACUCGAGGAUAUUUCCCAGAAGACGCCCUCACGUUCAGCGAAGAAGACACCGAGGCCCUGUCUCAACCCCAUAACGAUGCCCUGGUAAUAUCCUUUCUUAUAAAUUCAUUUCAGAUAAAAUGUGUACUCGUGGAUCUAGGAAGCUCAGCCAAUAUCAUCAGGGCGAAGAUAAUAGAACGACUCAGGCUGCUCGAACAAAUCGUGCCCGCCACUCGGGUCCUCAACGGUUUCAACAUGGCUAGAAAAACAAAGAAGGGAGAAAUCAUCCUCCCGGUUACCGUGGCCGGCACAACCCUAGACGCCAAGUUCUAUGUCAUCAAAGGAGAUAUGAGAUAUAAUGACUUAUUCGGACGACCCUGGAUACACUGCAUGAGAGCAGUACCAUCCACCCUCCAUCAGGUGAUAAAAUUUCCGAGAAAGGACGGGAUCAAGACCGUCUGCGGGGGACAGCACGCGGCAAGGGAAAUAUUCCCUAUGCACGACGUAGUACCAGCGCUCACAUUUCCACCCCCAAAUGAAAGCACGAUCAGACCAGGUCUCGACCCCGGUCGAACUUGA